AUGAAAAUCUACGGUGGCAAACACACAUUGAUAAAUUAUCUAAAAAGGUCGCUUCCGGAAUUGGAGCAAUAAAAAGAAUUAGACCUUUUGUCCCUCCACCUACCCUUCACUAUAUAUACAACUCACUAAUUCAAUCUCAAUUCGAUUAUUGCAAUCUUGUCUGGGGUAAUUGUGGUAAAACAUUAUUUGACAGGCUACAGAAGCUUCAGAACCGUGCCGCUCGCGUUUUAACCUUCUCUAGCUAUGAUGCUGAUGCUAACCGUUUGAUUAGACAACUCGAUUGGAAAGACUUGAACACUCAAUUUCAAAUACAGAAAUCCAUAAUGGUAUACAAGUCUUUAAAUGGCCUUGUUCCUGAAUAUUUAUCAUCUAAGUUUGUUAAACGAAAUGAAACGCGUUACUCCCUGAGGGACUCUGUUAACAAACUAUUUGUCCCAUUUCCGCGAACUAAUUUCAUGAAAAACAGCUUUACUUAUAGCGGAGCAGUUCUCUGGAACAGCCUACCCUGUCAU